GGGGAGUAUGUGAACUGUAUCCUGAGUUGCAGUCCUGUGCCUGCAUUCCUCUCAUCUAGGAUUUGCUUGAAAGGAGAACAAAAAUCAUAAAUAAUAACAGACGCAGAUUGGAUUACGGCGCGGAAGCAUCUGUUUUCCAUCAGGAGUAACGUUUUAAAGGGACGCGAUACCCCAGGACCAUCGCAGAACCGGAUCUUUUUUACGCUUUACGUGAAGCGCCUAUAUAAAGGGCACACAAAUGAGAGGAAAAGUAAAUAGAUACGUCGUUUUUAAUUCGCGUUAAACAGGAAAACAAGAUGGCUGAUGAGCGAUAACAACGGCCAAACGAUAUCGUCUCCUUUAAGAGCAACAAAGGUAUCUGGCUUUAAUACAUGAAUAUUUUAGGCGAGUUCGCUUCGGCAACGUAAAAUACAUGACAUUAAGCUCUAAAAAAUGAACGCAAUCCGCCUCUGCUAAGUGCGGACAGGUAAACAUGGACCGGGAUCGCGUUAUGGAUCAGUCUAUAAUGUUUAACCAACACAGAUAGCGAGAAAAUAGCUUUGACAGCGGUACGAUCUAGCUUUAAUGCUACGGGAGCAUGUUGGCAUACAUAAAUACGCGUCGAUUGUGUGUUCAUUCAAAGUCGCGUCACGGUAAUAGAUAAACAGGCUUUCUGGCUUUACCGGCUGCUUUCCUGACAGUUGUACGAGACCGAAAUCCUAUCGAUAUAUAUAGUGUUGUGCGAGAGACUCAGGUCUACUUUAUUAUAAUUUCAGCAGGGCAAAUGUCAUGUGCCCCGGGCUCAAAUCAGAUGCGUGAUCGGUAAAUGACUGUCCAUCUGCUUACGAAAGGACGAUUUCGGUGCUUCGCGAACUUGUGGCGUCAUCCCUUUUCCUGUUUUAAACUUAGCGAAUGACUACAUGCUUCCGAUCCGACGAUACCACAUUUUCAGUUGGAUUUGACUGGUCUUAUCUUGACCGACACCGGCUUUUAGAGCACGCCAGAGCCUUUGACUAGUAACGUUAGUUUGAUUAUCUUUCAGCGGAUCCUCAAGCAUCUGGAUUUACACAAUUAACGUAGACUCAUGUUUUAGAUAUUCACUUUUACAGAUAUGUUCUCGUUUAGGCUAUUGGAUCGAUGAAGAAUAUUUACAGCAUCUGUACAUUAAGAAGAAGCACAAGUCUUGAAUCCGAGCGCUGAUCGCCAGACUCACGCCCGGCUGUGGUAUUUGAUUGCUGACUAACUUUUGCCAGGAGCACGAAACGCUCCCUGGGCAUGCUCGGUUGUGAUCAACAGCUGUUUCUCUGGGGCUUCUGUGCUCGCAUGGCCUUCAUUAACUGACCAAACAUCUGGAUCUAUACUUGGAGGAGUCGCGAGAAUGAGCGAAACGUUGUAAAACUCGCGGAUCAACUCAAAGCUGGAUGUCUGAUCAAAUGGCGGAGAUGGCGGAGAGCUGGCGGAACUGCUUUGAGGAGGAACUCAUUUGUCCCAUUUGUUUGCAUGUGUUCGUGGAGCCAGUGCAGCUGCCGUGCAAGCACAACUUCUGCCGGGGCUGUAUCAGCGAGGCCUGGGCCAAAGACGCGGCCAAUGUGCGCUGCCCGGAGUGCAACCACGCGUACAGCCAGAAGCCAAACCUGGAGAAAAACAUCAAGCUGAACAACAUCGUGGAGAAAUUCAACGCGCUGAACGUCGAGAAAGCACCGGCCGUGUUGCAUUGCAUCCUCUGUCGGCGAGGACCUCCACUUCAAGCGCAGAAAGUGUGCCUUCGUUGUAAUGCACCUUGCUGCCAGUCCCACAUCCAGACGCACCUCCAGCAGCCCUGUCCGGCACCUGGGCAUCUGCUGGUGGCCACUGAGGAGGUCCGGGCCUGGAGCUGCUCGCACCACGACGAGUACAGACUGUAUCACUGCGAUGUGGAGCAGGUGUCGGUCUGCAAGUACUGCUGCUUCUCCAGAUGUGCGCCCAAUCACGGCCAUGCGGUGUGCGACGUGGAAGUGCGACGUAAUGACAUCAGGCAUAUGUUGAUGAAGCAGCAGGACCGCAUUGAUGAUCGGGUGAAAGACAUUGAGGAGCAGCUGUAUAAGUUGGAGUCUGACAAACUGCUUGUGGAGGAUAAGGUCCGGCAGCUGAAGGAGGAGGUGCGUGUGCAGUAUCAUAAAAUGCACCAGCUUUUAGAGGACGACCUGGGCAGGACUCUGGAGGUGCUGGAUAAAGCUCACUCCAAAUACUGCCAGGAGAGCUCCGCACAAACCCUACAGCUCAACGAACGCCGCCAGGAGGCCAAGAAACUUCUCAGCUCCGUGCAGGUGGUGUUCGACAAGGCUGAGGACAUUAACAUCAUGAAGAACACAAAACCAGUGAAAAUACUCAUGGACAGAUCACAGUCAUGCACAGGCAGCGUUCUGCCUCCUUACAAAGUGGGGCAUCUUAAUUCCAAAAUAUUCCUGUCUGAAGUCUCAAAAAAGGAAAAGAACCUGAGAAAAAUACUGGAAGCCCCAUUCAACACGCCUGCGCACUUCCUCCAGAGCAUUUCUGUCCACCCCUCCAGUGUGAAUCCCACCGGGGGUGAGAAACGCAAACACUCCACGGCCUUCCCAGAAAGCGGCGCUAGCCUGCUGGAGUCCUCGACAGGCCCCAUGAGCAAACAGCAGUUCCUGCCUCCGGGCUCCAGCGACGGGGCCACAGCACAGACAACCAUCGCUCCCUGCAGCUCCGCCCAGCACAUUGUGGGCCUCAGCAGCGGCAGUGGCGGCGCUCAAUCUGUCCAUCAUUCCAGCUCUGUUUUCACCCCCGCCGACUAUUCCAAUCCAAGCUCCUCCCAACAGGCCAUGCUGCCCCAAUACGGCGGCCGAAAGAUUCUCAUGUGCACCAUGGACAACUGCUACUGCUCCAGCGUCCCCUCCAUAUCCAACCACCGCACUCAUCCUCCGUAUUCACGCUCGGGAUCUUUCCCUUGGACACAGGAUUACUCGCACCCUCUGCCUUCAACACCUUCCAUGUCCCAACCGCUCCAAGGGCUCUCCAUGCACGACUGGAUCGACGCCUCGCAGAGCCACAGGCACCCUGAUUUCUACGGAUUAUACGGGCAAUCUUCCACUAAACCCUACGUCACCAGUUAACCUUCCCACCUCAGCUCUCUCAUAUCCUCGGUGAACUUUCAGGCACAUCACGGUUAAAAGCAACACAGCACUUUUUGCCAGCCUUUUGGCUUCAGAUCAUCAAUCUCUUCCAGCUCGAGCAUUAUGUGUUUGUCCCUGUUUAAAACAAGAUAAGGGAAUCUUUCUUUGAGAAAUGUGGAGGCGGGACGCAGAUGAGGUUUUCAAAUUACAAACAGAUUUGGGAUAAUUGCAGAGGCUUCUGAUAGCGAUCGCUCGUACAUGGAGUUGGUUUUAACUCCUUUCACCUCCGCUCUUCCUGCCUUCAAGGCAUCUGGAAUCUGGGUGGUUUUGAUUACGUGGUAAAGAUUAUGUUUAACGUUGCUGUUAAACUUCUGGUUGUCUGAACGACAGGGAUAUAAGGAGUGUGUUUAUUAUUUAUAAACUUGAGAAUUUGGGAUUAAGUUUAUGCCGAAUUGCUCCACAGGUAAACACCGUUAUAGAUUUGACGUGUAAUUUACAUUCCUUAGAGGCCAGAGCAUCGUUUUUUUUUUUUGUUUGUUUUUUUCAGUUUACAGCUAUGUGUUAAUAUUUUCAGUCAUUUGUUGGUAGGUUGGAGAAAAAAUAAAUCAAUCAAUCCGGGUUCUUGGGAGGCUUUGCUCGCAAGCAUGUCAUGAGCUAUUGCAUCUGAAGCACUUCUGGAUUCUGCUUCCUCUCAGAUAAUGUUACUUCCUGCGUUCAAGCACAUGUGAAGCAUGUUCAGGAUGACUGGUGCCUACACACACCUCUCAGUCUUAUAAGGGUGGACAAGGACAUGCCGAAAAUCUUCCUGUUUGUGGUUGUAGACCUGCAGGAAAGCCUUUCUGUGAACUCAGAUCUUCAAGAGACUCGACUGAGUGAGACUAGAGGACGCUUGUGGACAUUUUUUCACAUAUUUUAUACAAGGAAAAACUGACUGCAUACAUUUGGAAAUCAAAUAAAUGUGCUUCAGAAGAGUAUUAAAUGCUGGUUUAAAGAGAA